CCCGAGGAGGUUGCCGGUCGGCGCAUAUUUAAGGACCCCUGCGAGCAGGGAUGGUAGCACUGGAUUUCACCUUUCAUCUACGACGCUACCGUUGCACUGUCUAGCAUUUUACCCUGAGAUCUACGUGCUGGGUUCAAGAGGACUCAGCGAACGCCGCACUCCUAUCACUCCUGCUUACAUCCCUUUUCUCAAUUUUUGCAAGGAGGGAGCAUCGUGAUCUCCCAAGAACUUCAAAAUGAUCAGCAUGACAAUGGACCUCCUGCACGACAAUGGCAUGUCUGCCAUUCAGUCCUUACAAAGCAGAUUCCAGGAUCAGCACGGAUUCUUUUUUGCCAUAUCCAAUUUCGGCGACCCUCGCUACGCAUUCCUCCUGUACGCACCUCUCCUGUACUCCCUUGACUGGACAGUUGGACGGAGACUUAUGUGGGUCACCAUCAUUGCUGAGUGGUCCAAUCAAUUACUCAAAUGGAUGUUGCAUGGCGAAAGGCCGUACUGGUGGGUCCACGAGACGCCAAUGUACAACCAAACGGGCGUGGGGAUGCCAGCAAUUCGCCAAUACUCCCUGACUUGUGAGACCGGCCCAGGUAGUCCUUCCGGGCAUGCCAUGGUGUCUGCUGCAAUUUGGUACAUAAUUAUCGACUACCUGCUACGUCAUUCUGGAGCUGCGCAGCAACUUGGCAAGACUAUGGUGUCUUCAGUUCAAUGGUGUGUCUACACUGUUCUGCUCUGCGUGGUCAGCCUGUCCCGGAUUUACAUUGCCGCACACUUCCCACACCAGUGUAUCAUGGGCAUGAUUAUUGGAUGCUGCUUGGCGAAACUGAUGUGUAAGCUUGACACUGACAGCAUGACUCGCAGGCAAUACGUUCUUGCCUCGAUCGGACUCUUUGCGAGCGCCCUCUUGACCUACGGUGUCCUCUCCCUUAUGGGUGUCGACCCCUUGUGGUCCGUCAACCGCGCCGUUAAAUGGUGCGCUAAGCAAGAAUACAUUCAUGUGGACACGACUCCUUUCUUCAGUAUGAUGCGCUACUGCUCUUUCCCUCUGGGCAUGGGUCUUGGCAUGACAACGUCGGCCUACAAAAAAGCAACGGCUACCCCUUUCACUUGGCCCAUGAAGAUCGCUGCCAUCGCCUUAGCUGUGGGUGCCGGGAAGGCUUCCGAGUUGGUGUCAUUCCCGAAGAGCAACGUUUAUGUGUUCUACGCGUCAGCGUUUGUCUUCAACGGCGUUCUUGCAGCUGUUAUGUUCGCAUUUGUGCCGUGUCUUAUCGCGGCAUUGUCCGGCCGCUUUACGAAGACCAAGUCUUCCUAGGGAGCGAGCUGUAUUCUAGUCUUAUGCCCUGCUGCAAGGACAUCCAAAGCGAAAAGUCAUGAACUAUACGGACAGUUGUUGGACAACAACGCGCGCUUGUGCAGCAGUAGGUUAGGUAUUUAACAAAUUUAUGUAAAUAGAUACCCUGUAAUAUAUCGCCCUUUGUACAUAGGUGUGCGUGACGGCUUGUACAGAUCUGUAUGGGUGUGAUACGAUGGUGCAUACGUGGGUGAAGCGUGAGUGCUAGAGUACGCCGCUGUUUUGAAGCUAUGCAUGCAGCGUCACAACAAUAAAAUGUUUUAUCUGCCACA